CUUCUAAAACGUCCACGCUGACUUUUUCCGCCUGAGCCUGGUUUUGACUUGGUAGCUCAUUCAGUUUCAGAUUUAGGGAAACAAAUAAAUAAAAUAACAGGCACGAUUGCUCAUCCCAUUCUAUAAAACCAAAUACCAGGCCAUUGCUUCUGCCGUUCUGAAAAACUGAGAAUUAGAUGGCCCUUGCAAAGGAACUUAUGGGUUUUUCCUCCAAAGUAUUUCUGCACAAUAAUACUUUUCUGCAGAAGCAAGGCAUGUUCUCGAUCAAUCCUAUCUUGGUUCCUUUGGAAAACAGAAGAAUUAUGAGGUUGAGGAAGGGAGCAAGGUUUCCCGUGGCAGCUAUCAGUGAGGAUUUGAUAAAGACCACACCGAAAGUGCAUGCAGAGAAACCAGUACAUUUCAAGGUCAGGGCUGUGGUCACAGUGAGGAAUAAGAUCAAAGAGAAUUUCAAAGAGGCCAUGUUGAAGCAUUUGGAUGCCAUCAAUGAUUGGAUAGGAACAAGAAAUGUGGUACUCGAGCUUAUCAGCACCGAGAUUGAUCCAAAAACGAAAUCUCCAAAGAAGAGCAAAGAAGCAGCGCUAAAGGACUGGUCGAAGAAAUCCAAUGUUAAAGGAGAGAGAGUUAAUUAUACAACUGAAUUCAUAGUGGACUCGAAUUUUGGGGUCCCUGGAGCUAUAACUGUGACAAACAAACACCAAAGAGAGUUCUUCUUGGAAAGUGUAACCAUCGAAGGGUUUGUAAGUGGAGCAGUUCAUUUCCCCUGCAACUCAUGGGUACAAGGAAAGAGGAUAUUCUUUUCUAACAAGACAUAUCUUCCUGGAGAUACACCUGCCGGGCUUAGAAAAUUGAGGGAGAAGGAGCUGAUAAAUCUUCGAGGUGAUGGGAAAGGAGUUAGAACAUUCUCUGAUAGAAUAUAUGAUUUCGAUACAUACAACGAUUUGGGAAAUCCAGAUGAAGGAGUUGAGCUUACCAGACCAACUCUUGGUGGAUCCCAAGACCAUCCAUACCCAAGACGCUGUCGUACUGGCCGCGCCCCCACUGAUACUGAUAUGCAUGCUGAGAGUCGUGUGGAGACGCCACUGCCUAUGUACGUACCAAGAGAUGAGCAAUUCGAUGAGUCUAAGCAGAACACAUUCGCAAUCAAGAGGCUCAAGGCAGUGCUCCAUAACUUGAUCCCUGGACUUAAAGCUAGUCUUUCUGCUAAUAACCACGACUUCAACCGAUUUUCAGACAUUGACGACCUUUACAGUGAUGGACUGCCCGUGCAAGAUGAAAUUUUGAAGAAAAUCCCAUUGCCACAAGUGGUCACAAAGAUACAAGAAUGCAGCCAAGGACUUCUCAAGUAUGACACUCCCAAGAUUAUUUCCAAGGACAAGUUUGCCUGGCUACGAGAUGACGAAUUUGCCCGGCAAGCAAUAGCAGGAGUCAACCCUGUAAACAUUGAGAAGCUUAAAGUUUUCCCUCCGGUAAGCAAGCUAGACCCGGAAAUAUAUGGCCACCAAGAAUCUGCACUUAAAGAAGAGCAUAUUUUGGGACAACUUAAUGGCAUGACUGUGCAACAGGCAAUAGUGGAAAAUAAGCUGUUUGUGAUAAAUUACCACGACAUCUAUAUUCCAUAUCUUGACGGGAUCAAUGCCCUUGAUGGUAGAAAAUCCUAUGCUACGCGCACCAUAUUUUUCUGGACACCACUUGGUACUCUCAAGCCUAUUGCUAUAGAACUUAGCCUCGGACCAAGUUCCAGAUCAAAACGCGUAGUUACCCCUCCUGUGGAUGCAACCACAAAUUGGAAGUGGCAGCUUGCCAAAGCUCAUGUUUGUGCCAAUGACGCUGGCGUGCACCAACUUGUUAAUCAUUGGUUACGCACGCAUGCCUGCAUGGAACCAUUUAUAUUGUCUGUUCAUAGGCAAUUAAGUGCGAUGCAUCCUAUUUAUAAGUUGUUGGAUCCACACAUGAGAUACACACUGGAUAUCAACGCUUUAGCUCGUCAGAAACUGAUCAAUGCUAAUGGAAUAAUUGAGUCUUGUUUUACUCCUGGGCGCUACUGCAUGGAGAUCAGUUCUGCUGCAUACAAAAACUUGUGGCGCUUCGACAUGGAGGGCCUCCCUGCAGAUCUCAUACGCAGGGGAAUGGCGGUACCUGACCCAACACAACCAAACGGGGUAAAGCUGGUAAUAGAAGACUACCCUUAUGCAGCGGAUGGGCUUCUGAUAUGGUCUGCAAUUGAGAACUGGGUCCGCACCUAUGUGAACCACUACUACCGCCAUCCAAGCCUCAUUUGCAAUGACAAAGAGCUACAAGCGUGGUACUCUGAGUCAAUCAAUGUGGGGCAUGCUGAUCUCAGGCAUCAAAGGUGGUGGCCCACAUUGAAAAAUAACCAGGAUCUUGUGUCUAUCCUUACCACCUUGAUUUGGACGGUAUCAGCACAACAUGCAGCUAUUAAUUUUGGGCAGUACCCUUAUGGAGGUUACGUGCCAAAUCGUCCUCCAUUAAUGCGAAGAUUAAUCCCGGAAGAGAGUGAUGAGGCAGAUCUAGAAUAUGGGAAUUUCGUAGCAGAUCCCCAAAAGUAUUUCCUAAAUGCGUUGCCCAGCUUGUUACAAGCUACGAAAUAUAUGGCUAUAGUUGACAUACUCUCUACCCACUCACCUGACGAGGAGUAUUUGGGAGAGCGGCAACAGUCAUCCGUAUGGUCAGGUGAUGCAGAGAUCACUGAGGCAUUCUACAGGUUCUCCGCAGAGAUGAGGCGGAUAGAGAAGGAGAUUGAGAGAAGAAACUGUGAUCCAACACUCAGGAACCGUUGCGGCGCAGGGGUUUUACCUUAUGAGCUACUCGCACCUACCUCUCAACCCGGCGUUACUUGCAGAGGGAUUCCUAAUAGCGUCUCCACCUAAAGAUCUAUUACUACAAGAGUUUAGUCAUAUAGGAUGUAAUGGUAGUGGAGAGGAGAUCAAUGGCGUUUCGUUGUUAUUAUUCAUUGCUAUUUGCAAAUAUGUUCAUAACCAAAAGAUGCGUAGGAUUUUAGUAAGAGCACUUGAUGUCAGCGUUUCACUCUACCAAAACGCUUUUUUUGUGAAUUUUAUUGCAUCACUAAUUAUGAACUUCGACGUGAUAUAUAAAUAUUUGAUUCCGAUUU